AUGCCAGAAAUUGUUUCCUAUAAAAACAUAAAGCCAUUUGUGAGAUUGCAAGAUCCCAAACUAAGUGAAGGUAUCUCCGUGUUCAACAAUAGGUUACUUUGGGUCGAUAUCUUCAGAAGUGAAAUUUAUCUAUUAAAUAAACCUCUAGAUGAAGUUCCCCAAGACACAUUGAGUGAAGCUGAGAAACACGAAUUGAGAACUUUCCCCAUCAACCAUACGACAUAUGAUGGCGAAUAUCCAUUCGAUCAUACUAAGUACUCGGAGGUAGUCGGUGUUGUGUAUCCAUACGAUCAACAGAACCAGUAUAUUUUGUUCGGUUCCAAAUUUGGUAUUGGUAAGUUAGAGCUCAAAACCGGCAAAUGGACAUACCUGGUGACAUUUGACCGAUGCGACACGCUAACCAAAGAAAGGUUCAUGAGAUUGAGAUCUAACGACGGCGGAAUCUCCAAAGACGGCAAUUACUUGUACAUAGGUCUAAUGGACACCUUCAAUGAAGACUUGACCGACGAAGGCUGUAUUCUUGAAUAUGAGUUCAAGACAGACAAGUUGACGAUGUUAUUCAAUCGCUAUAAAGUGAAGAUCCCCAACUCUAUCCACUACGAUAAGACAGAUUCUAAUAUUCUGUACAUCACCGAUUCGUUGAAUUUCAAGAUCUGGAAGUACAAUAAACAAACAGACGAAAGAACGGAAUUGAUCAACGUCCAGAAAGUCAACAGCGAGUUCGAAUCACCCGAACCCGACGGAUCCCUAAUCGAUUACGAAGAUAACUUGUUUGUCACUGCCGUGUGGUCGACCAACAAGGUCCAAAUCUUCGACCUCAUCACAGGAACACUUCAAAGAGAACUGCUCUUGCCGGUCCCAAGAAUAUCCUGUUGCUGCAGAUACAAACACGACUUGUUCAUCACCACCGCCAACAUGAACAUCGACAACGACAAGACCCACGACAACGAAGACACCGUUGGUGGUUCCAUCUAUCGAAUCCCAAACGUGUUCAAAUCGACAACCACGGCCAGCACUAAAAUCUACCCAUCACUCUGA